UGGACUUGGUCCUUCGUCGAUAUGGGCACAAUACGCGGUACAGGGCUGUGCUGUCACCGCUUUGUAUUCAAGAUGACCACUGGAAGAGUCACAUACUUUGCGGACUUCACGAACGAGGUCAAUUGGAGAGCCACGGAAAUCAUCGAAUUGGGGAUCCUUCCUUGUAGCCUGUGUAGUGUUUUGACGAAAGAGAUGUACCUGCUGGACUCUGAACAAGGCAAUGCGUGCACACCAUCUUCAUUUUCGUAAGACGGAGCAUCAACUGUCCAGUAUUCUGGCCCUGCAAGUUAGAUGUUGGAAUCAGAAGAACGGCUGUGAUUUCACGGGAACGCUUUCAGAUGCCUCGAACCAUUUUCAGGGGCAGUGCAAGUUUCACCAGAUCUUGUGCCCCCGGUGCGAUGAUUUGGUCUUUCACCGUGACAUUUUUCAUCAUAUCGAUCAAACGUGCCGCCAACGUAACGUUGAGAAAAGUAAACGAGAGGAAGGCACGCUAGAGAAGCUGAUGGAAUCUCAAGCUUACCUACAAGAAACCUUGAACAACCUAAUCGCAAAGACCAAGGACGGCUUAAGGGGGCUCGAACAUUCCGUGUCCAACCAAGUCAGGGAACUUGGCCUGGUACGCGUGAAGCAAGAUGAACACGCUCUCUCGUCCUCUGCAGCACUACAAGACGUUAAGGCUGUGCUAGAACAAUUUCCGGGCUUCAUCAGACAUCAGCAAUGGAUAAAGAAGACGUGCACCAACGUGCUAGGAUUGACCAGCGACAAAUUCUUCUGGUCAGUCGACAACGUCAGCCACUACGUCGAAAAUGCCAUUGAUUCGGGAAGCGUGAGAAUCAACAGUGACUGCUUCACGUUCGCAGGUUAUAAUGUACGACUUCGCGUAACAUUCAGUAAGCGUCUGACUGAUCUAGCUGUGGCCAUUCAUCUAUGUCUGUGUCCAAGUCGGAACGAUGAUGCUUUGGAAUGGCCUUUUAAGACGCCUUUUACGCUGGCCCUUGUCCAUCCGAAGAGCUCGUCCAAGAGCUCGGUGAAAUCAGUGCAUCCCGAGGACAGUCCUUUUCCAGAGUGUUUCGAGCGACCCCUGAUGACUGAAAACAGCGGUGUGGGUGGGUCUUGUUUUACGACGGGGCGAAUGUUGGCCGGAUUUGUCCUCGAUGAUUCAAUUCUGGUCUGCUUAGAAAGGAUACGAUGAUAUGAAAUCCAUUGGCAAUGUUCAGCGAAGUUUCGAGGUGAAGCAGUCACUAUUUGGAUGUAAUGCAGUGUAAUUACUAAUGUUUAGAGGGCAUUUUCUUUUAAUCACGACAGAUUUUAUACAUAAGGCAAUUUGAGCAACGUGAAUUUAGUUUUUGACCGCGACCUUGCCGGCUCAUUUGCAUAUACCGCAAUUCAGUGAUGAAUUUUCAAAAAUACCGAAUUGUCUCCCGUUUUAUCUCGCUUUUGCCCAAAGUUCCCAGCGUUAAUGAAUUUUAGGCAACUAGUCCUCUCGUAGUUGUAUACUUUCUGCGGCAGCACUUGGCCGGAGAAUUCAACUGAAAAACGAAAUUCAUUGUUCUAUAGCCUCGGGACAGAUAAAAAUCUCUCCACCUGGUAUAUUGAGAAACGUAGCGAGGAAAAACAGGCACCAAAAACUCCGUCGUCGUACGUUUCUCAGGCAAGUACCAACCGGCCCCUUGUGGCUUAUUUACUCGUGCUUCUAGGUUAAUAUACUGUCAAUAUUUACAGUCGUAAUUGUCAACAUGAAGCGUCGCUUGGGAACCACUGACGUGUACCCUUUCAAGUCGUCAGUAGCAGUUUGGUUCUUGCAUGUCUUGGAACUAAUGGCUGUGCGUCAUUUAAUGGUGUCGAUGAACGUUGUUGGGCAUUUACAUCGCCGCGAAGGUAAUGGCUAUAAGCAACUUAUAUGAAAGCAUUAUUAUCGGAGGCCAAGAUGCACUGCUUGCACCGGACCACCCAUAGCCCAGCGAGUACUUAUGUUGAACAGAUGAAGUACGGAUAUGUUCAGCGGUGACUCGGCUAAUAGCCCACUGACAGCACUCCACACGUACUACAGCAUCAGUUUGAUUUGCGAAAGAUAACAAAGAUAACAUAUCUCAUAAAAGUCGUCGUCAGCGAUACUAUUUACAAUGUUUCGCUCUACCUAGACGAUAGACAUGUUUUUGUUAAACUGUUGGUACAGCGUCUUGAUCAACACGUGUGGGUCACCGCAGUGACCCAAGUAAUCGUCACUCGUUACAUCCCAGACGACGACACCGGCUAAGGACUCGUUGAGCACAUGGUUCGCCUUGAGUGCCAGACUUUCUUCGUCUUCGUACCCAACCCACUGGUCGUCGGCAUAAGCGUAAGGACAGCCAGCGAGGAUAUCCCAAGAGUGGCUUAAGUUGCCCUUCAUCAACAUCUGACAGAUCUCAAAGUAGGACAGCAUUCCCGACGUUUUCGUGUAGCGUCCAGGAGAUCCCAGGCUCCUUCCGGCUUGAACGAAUGCUCCUGCACAGAAAAGCUCGCUCAUUAUCCACCCAUCUUCAAAUACAAAUUCAAAUUGUUACUCUA